GUAGGAUAACUCAAAUCUGUGUCUACACAGGCUGUCCGCGAGAGCUUAGAACUAAUGUCUAGGAACCCACCAAGUCCUGAGGACAACAUAAGCCUACUCGCGUCGGAUCAACAUCAAGACAGUAGCAAAGUGGAUGACAUCGAGUCCUUGAAGAGGAAAGUUCGCGGCCUACAGAAAAUCAUCAGUCGACUGAGGAAGAGAACCGGAGGGAAAGCUGUUGAGGAUGAGCUUGUGGAGGCUGACUUUUGUGAGGACGGUGAUGAGGAAGAGGAGCUUGCGGAAUUUGAGGAUGAAGAGGAGGACGGUGAUGAGGAAGAGGAGCUUUCAGAUGGGGAGGAUGAAGAGGAUGAAGAGGAGUCAAAUUAUUCACUGGAGGAGUCAUCAGCAGCAGAGUCUCAGUGGUCAGAUGAGGAUGGCGUAGAUGACGGAUGCUCACAUACCAACAGAGUGAAUGUUGAGCCUGGAACACACUGCUUCGAGGAGCCCAAGUUCAUAGUGUUCUUCAGCAUGCUGAUGACCCUAUUCUCCAUGUUCUGCUUCCAAUGCAAGAUGGAGAAACCAACUGUCACUGUUAAAAAAAAUGGAACAAUGGCAAUUGUGACCCAGAGUUGUAGAGUUUGCGGCAAGGACAGCUUCACCUGGAGAUCACAACCAUUCAUCUUUGGAAAGUACCCUGCAGGAAACCUCCUUCUCAGCCUUGGAAUUCUUAUGUCUGGUGUCAGCAUUUCAAAGGCAAUGCUGCUCUUCAAGCAUGUAGGGCUGUGCAUGUUUGCUGCCAGAACUUUUUUUUACCACCAGACAAAAUUCCUUAUACCAGCAAUACUACAUCACUGGGAGGCGUACAGGCAAGCAUUGAUGAGCACACUCAGAGGAAAGGAGGGCUUGGUCUGGAGUGGUGACGGUCGAUACGACUCCAUGGGUCAUAGUGCAAAAUAUGGAGCGUACACCAUGUUCUGCAACACAACUGCCAAGCUAGUCCACUUUGAAUUACUGCAAUCAAGCCAGUCCGGAAGCAGUAAUGCCAUGGAACUUCAUGGGGCUAAACGCAGCUUUGCUUUCCUCUCUGCAGAAGGGUUAAACAUCUCCACGUUCAUUACAGACAGACACAAAGGGAUUGGCAAGUGGAUGAAAGAAGAACAAAAAAACACUUCCCACUUCUAUGAUCUGUGGCACGUGUGUAAGAGCCUGGUCAAGGACCUGCGGAAAGCCAGUAAGGAGAGAGGUUGUGAAGUCAUCAAGGACUGGUCGAAAAGCAUUAAAAAGCACCUCUAUUGGUGUGCCCUGUCUACCUCACAAGGGUUUGGACAAUUAAUAUUGGCAAAAUGGAAAUCCAUUGUCAGGCACAUUGCCGGAAAACACGAUGACCACCCUGAUGAGGCAUUUCCCACCUGUGCACAUGGACCAUUGAAACAGGAGAGGAAGUGGAUUUACAGUGGAAGCCUGGCCCAUGACAAGUUGUCUGCUGUCCUGCUGAGGAAAGAUAGACUUGAAGACAUCAGAAGGCUAUCUUCAGAGGGUCAGACCAGCUGCCUUGAGGGCUUCCACUCUACCCUUAACCACUGGCACCCAAAAAUGACACACUUUUCAUGGCUGGGGAGCUAUUGCAGGCACAUCUUAGCAGUCCUGCACUUUAAUGAAAACUUGAGGCGACAACCCCAACGCACCAAAGAUGGCAGGACGUACUACAAGGUCACCUACCCAAAGUACAGGCUUGGAGAAGAAGUGGUAAAACAUAUACCAUCACCACCAACAUACCACUAUGUCAGUGACAUCAAGCAUGUGAUGCUAGAAACGGCAAAAGAACAGCUAAAAGAGACCCAUGACAAGUACACAGCCCUGGUCCCGGCACCUCUCUGCAGCCAGUUCACAGGGAAGAGGUGUAAAGAAUCAUCCAUCCAUCACUAUGAAGCAAGGAAGCAAGCACGUACAGCGCUUUACCCACCAGAGCAAGAGCAGGACAACAUCAGGUCACAGCUUGAAUCUGUGGCAGAAGCAAGUCGCACCUCAGCAGCAAGCCGCACUAAGAAAGCACGAGCCUGCAAGAAGUGCAAGAAACCAAUGAAAGGCCAUCGCAGAGGGGCUUGCCCCAAAUAGUUAGAUCCAGCUUUGCUGCUAUUGUGCUAUUCCUUGUCUUUCUGUGUUAAAUUUGAGUGUUUUGUCUUCAUUUCAGAAGCCUGUACAUGUGUUCAUACCCUGCCUCAAAGUGGCCUACUUUUCUGUAUUUCUAAGCGUGUUCUCAAUUUUAACUUUUAACUUAAUCAGUCAUUUGUAAUAUUUUGUUGUCUGCAUUUGUCAGCCAUUUGUAAUGUUAGCUAUAAUAACUUGUAUUCAGAUGUAAUUACAACAUCAAGACUUAGUAUAAGUCUACUAUG